AUGAACGGUCACCGCAAAUUAACACUUAAUGAAUACCAAACAAAGUUAAGGCAAAUCCAAGAGAACAGAAGUCCCAAAUCGAAUAAAUUUCACACACCUCAGCAAAAGGUCAAUUUGGCUUCUCCAAAGAUAUAAGUUGCUGGGAAAUAGCAAUAACAUAAACUAUUUACAGAUAGAUCCACUUCUACAUAUUAAAAUAUAAAUCUUCCUUUCACUUCUAAAAUGCCGAAGUUGUCUAAGCUACAAUCCUUGGAUGAAGAGUCUAAGUAAUGCGAAACUGUGAAAUUUCAUCUCACGAUUGAAUCUAAAAGCCCAAAACAAGAAGGCAUUGAUAAAUUAAGGAUAUAAUUGAACGACCAAUUUUUAAAGGAAAGCUCGAGAAAUAGAGCAGGUGCUUGUCUCUAAUUUCUUGAACCUACUCUGGUUCACAAUCUCUGUAAUAAUAUCUAAAUAAAUUUAGUAAACCUAUCUCCAAAAGUAAAGGUAAAUUCGGAGCUUCAUGCAUCGGUUUCUUCAAAGGAUUUAAAUGGUAACACAGCUCUUCAUUUUGCUGCAAAAAAUGGUAAUACACACCUUGCCCAAGCACUACUGUACAAAGAUAUACAAAUAGAUGAGUAGAAUGAAGAUAAAAUGACACCUUUACUGAUGAGCGCCUAUUAGUAUUUAAUGUAUAUAAUAACAUAGUGGGAAGUUGGAAACCUUACAAAUAUUAAUUAAUGUUGGAGCUAACAUCAAUCAUCAAGAUAUUCACGGCAAUUCAGCCUUGCAUUAUGCUUGUAAGUUUAAUUUUAAAUCGAUUGUGGAAUUUUUACUCUAAAAACAACAUCUAGUCUUGUAACAAAAUCUAGAGGAAAAAUACCCUGAUUACUACAUUGAGGAUCAAGACAUAGCGUAGAUCUACAAGGAUUAUUUAGAACAAACAAAAUGUAUAAAUAUUAAUUUACGUUUAGAAAAACAAACUAAAGAAGUUAUAAUACAAACAACACAAACAGAAACAAUAUUAAAAAUGUUUUAAAGAAAAAAUAUUAAAUAAUUAAAAAACUUAGUUUAAACAAGUAAGUCAUAAAACAACUUGGAUAAGAUACAGGUGUCAUCUCCUAAAAUCAAACAAUUAUAAACCAAAUUGCAAUAACUUGAAUAAUUUAAAACUUAAAUGUAAGGAUUAAAAAGACAAACAACCUUCUCAACCAAUUAUUCUGAAUCUUGUAAAAACAUAAAAGAUGAGGAGGAAAUCUCCCUCUCUUAAUUCUAGAUUCUAGGUUUAAUUGGUAAAGGCAGUUUUGGUCAAGUUUAUCUUGUUAAGAGAUAAAAUUAGUUAUAUGCAAUGAAGGUUUUAGAUAAAUCCAUGAUAUUAAGUAAUGUUUUAGUAAAUAUAAUAUAGAACACAAUCUGUUUCGUUAUGCUUAGACCGAAAGAAAUGUAUUAUCAAUAACAUCACACCCUUUCAUUGUGAAGUUAAGAUAUGCCUUUCAAACUCCAGAAAAACUCGUAAUGAUUUUAGAUUUUUGUCCAGGAGGAGAUAUGGGACAACUUUUGGAAGAGAAAAAGAGACUACCAGAAGCUCAAGUCAAAAAUUACAUUUGUGAAGUAAUCCUAGCUUUGGAAGAUUUACAUUAAAGAGAUAUAAUAUAUAGAGAUUUAAAGCCAGAAAAUAUUGUUAUUGAUGCAGAUGGGCAUGCCAUGCUAACUGAUUUUGGACUCUCAAAAGAGGGAAUAUUUGAUGCCAGUCAAGGAGCCAGAUCAUUUUGUGGUUCUGUUGCUUACUUAGCACCUGAAAUGCUUAGAAGACAAGGACACGGAAAGGCAGUUGAUUGGUAUCUACUUGGAGUUGUCAUGUAUGAACUAUUAGUUGGAGUACCCCCUUAUUAUGAUAAUGAAAAGGAUUAACUGUUUCACAAUAUUGAACAUGCUGUUCUCAAAAUCCCCUCUUAUAUUUCACCUGAAGGUAGAAACCUCAUUAAAUCAGUAUCUUAUAAUUGUCAUUAUUUAGCUUCUCCAAAGAAAUCCAAUCAAACGAUUGGGAUCAGGAGUAGGGGACUCGAAGGAAAUCAAAUAACAUCCUUAUUUUUAAGAUGUCGAUUGGGAAAAGGUAAAAAACAAAGAGUUGGAGCUUCCUAAACCAACAAGAAAGAUUCGGAUUAAUACCUAAACUGGUUAGGAUCUUUUUUAAUAAGAAUAUUUAGAACCAUCAUCUCAUAUUCAUGGUUGGUCUUUUGUUCAUGCAGAAUUUUGA